GUCUUUAUACAAUUUUCUAUUUUUCAAUAAAACCCAGAAAAGAAAAACGGGAAAAUCCAAAGAUUGAAAUUGGUUUUCAUGUGCCUAAUCGACAAGGUGGCGCACCGAGGAGGGUCAAGUGGGUAUGCCAGGUUUCCUCCUGCUGGAGACGCCGGCGGUGCGGAUGAACAACAAGAAUAUUAUUCCCAGUCGUCUCGAAAUCGACAAGUGAACCAGGCGAUGAUGCAACAAAGGAACCAAGGUGUAAUGUUUUUGGGAUCACAGAGUCAAGCAUCGGAGAUGUCUACAAUGGUAUCUGCGCUUGCACAUGUUAUGUCGGGGCAAAGGGCUGGUGAUUGGGGUUACGGUGGUAACGUAGCAGGCGAGGUGUCGUCUGGUUUUGGACUUAGUGGCCCAUCAGCUGAUUCUCCUUCUGCUUCUGGUCUAUGGAUUGGUCAGAAACGAGGGCGUGAAGAUGAGGCUAGUGCUCAAUUGGUUGAGUCUGCUGCACCAAGGGUACAAAGAAGUUUUGCUGAUUUUAGAGGCUCUCAUGCCGAUUCAUCCUCUGCUGCAACUUCUGUUGCUGAAGAAACUACAAGCAUUGUUGCACCAGCAGCAGAAACAGCAGCAGCAGCCGCCUAUGAAGAAACCGGCGAGCGAAGAAGAAGAUAUAGGGGCGUUAGGCAAAGGCCAUGGGGGAAAUGGGCGGCCGAAAUACGUGAUCCUCACAAAGCAGCAAGAGUUUGGCUAGGCACCUUUGAUACUGCGGAAGCCGCCGCAAGAGCCUAUGAUGAAGCUGCUUUGAAAUUCAGGGGAAGCAGGGCCAAGUUAAAUUUUCCCGAACUUGUAAGGCUUGCUCCUCAACCAAUGCAGAACUUUCCCGCUACGCAAACAUCAGUUUCUAGUUCUCUAACAACCCAGUUUCGGCCACCUUAUUCAACGCCAUUGCCAUCGCUUUACCAGUCCCAACAUCUUCACAGCCCUACAGCUGAUAUGCUGAGAGAUUACUGGCAGUACUCUCAGUUGCUACAGAGUUCUACUGAUUUCCAUGGACAAGAAGCUACGAGCUUGAUGGAACAGAUGAUGCAAUCGUCUCAGUUACCUAACUUCCAACACCCAUUCCUAUCUUCUUCUUUGUCACCUUUUCCUUCUUCAUUUGUAGCUCCUUCUGCUGCUGCUUCAUCAUCUUCUUCUUCCUCUGCUUCUUUUCCUCUGGUUUUUGGUGAGCAUCAACAAUUCGACGUUUUCAGGCAGCCGUCUAAUCAAAGUCAGGCAAGUGGGUCAGAUUUUCCAGUGCCUCCCUGGUCUCAUCCUAGUCAUUAUCCUUCAUCCACUGGUUCAUAGUAAUCCCAUUGUUUUAUCAAAUAAUAUUAAAAGAAAACUAAAUUUGAAAAAUUUUGGAUCUCUUUCUCUUUUUAUUUUUUAUUUGGACAAACUUCCCCUUUUAUUUUUAUUGUUUUUCGGAACAUGGUAUUUUGCGUUUAGCUAGAUUUUGAUUAGAAUUAUUCUCGUCAUUGUUAUUGUAAAAGAAAAACAGACAAAAGGAGCAUAAAAGUCAGUGUAAAAAAGCAAAAGAGGGGAUGAAAACAAAGGGACGCUUAGGCAUAUAUUAGUUUGGUUCUCAAAGGCAUUGAUGUGUACUUACUCUACAUUAUCGGACAAAAGAUGUAGAAAGAAACCAAACAGCUUUUUUGCAAGCUGUCUGUUGUGUACUUUACACCCAAAGAUUCAUCAAGAAUGUACUUUGUUUUCUUAAAUCUUGUGUAAUUCAUGAUUUAUCUUUUGCUCACUA